AUGACCGAAAGAACAAAUGUUGUAUCACGCGUACUUGUUCUUAUGGCAAAAGCGCAAAAUUUUCAGAACUCUGAUGCUGAUACACAUGAACGUGAAAACACAGAUGUACUCAAAGAUGGUGAUUAUGUACGAGUCAGUACCAAGAACAUGGCUGACGCUGCCGCCUCUAGUCUGGAUCUUCCAAGCUUCUUUCCGAUACAUUGGUCCCUUCGUGGUCUUGAAAUGUGCUGGCAAUGCAUAUACAUUGGGCUUACCAAGCUGGAUCCAAAAUUUUCUGUUGGAUUGCUCAGACUAUACCUUAGUAAAUCCACUUAUCUGAUUUCGUCACUUUCAAUAUUUGAUGACCCAUCUUUGCGAUCGCGUUCGCAUUUGCAUUCGAGGAUGCAACGACGACGUUCAGACACAUCGUUUCGUCCCGUAGCUGCAAACCGAGACGGGGUUGCCCACUCCCAUGUGGAAAAGAUAGUGUGGACACGCCUUCACCGUGGUUCGCUACAGCUUCUUAUGAAAUGGCUCGAAUAUCCGGAGUCGGAUAGCUCUUGA